UGUGCUGUGUGAGCACACAACGCUCCGGGGAAGUGGGGAAAAACAAAACAAAACAAAACAAACACUUUUAGCAAAAAGCCUUUCAAUGGAGGCAAGGUGUGCAAAAUGAAAAUAAAAUAAAUAAAUAAAAAACAAAAAACGUGCAUACAUUUUCCCUUUCCUUCUUUUAUCCCUUCAAAAUAAAGUGAGUAAAAAAGUGGGAACUGGGAAGCGGAUAAAGCCUGGAGUACUUCAUAGGAAUAUCGGGAUUGGAGUAGUGAGUGACGUUAUCUGCUGUGGCGAGAGGGAGGCAGAAAGCGAGCCAACAGGACUCCAUUAAGUAGAGCCGGGAGGAAACACUUUGGUAGGCUGUGUUUACUGGGACGUGUUGUGUUUCUGAAAGUCAAUUCAAGAAAAAAAAAAAAAAACAGUGAAAAAACAAGAACUUUUGGGGUUUUAACAGUUUGCCGUUUUUGGGACUGUUGCAUUUGUGAAGGAUGGCGCUGGACGGUAUUCGGAUGCCCGAUGGCUGCUAUGCAGACGGGACCUGGGAGUUGAGAAUGCACGUGACUGAUCUCCACCGGGACGUGUCGCUGAGGGUCACGGGCGAGGUGCACAUUGGAGGGGUGAUGCUCAAACUCGUCGAGAAGCUUGAUGUGAAGAGGGACUGGUCAGACCACGCUCUGUGGUGGGAGAAGAAGAAGACCUGGCUGCUCAAGACUCACUGGACCCUGGAUAAGUACGGGAUCCAGGCUGACGCUCGGCUGCUCUUCACCCCUCAGCACAAGCUGCUGCGGCUCCAGCUACCAAACAUGAAGCACAUGAAGGUCAAGGUGAACUUCUCUGACCGCGUCUUCAAGGCCGUCUCAGACAUUGCAAAGACCUUCAAUAUCAGGCACCCUGAGGAGCUGUCUCUGCUGCGCAAACCCCAGGACCCCAAAAAGAAGAAAAAAAAGCUGGAGGAGGCAGAGGAGGAUGCGCUGGAGUUAGAGGGGCCACUCCUCACCCCCGGAUCAGACUCCGAUGUUAUUUUCAUCGGCCCAGUCAAAGGCAGUAUAUACUCGAGUCCUGGCCUCUACAGUAAGACUAUGACCCCCACCUAUGACUCUCGCGACGGUAGUCCGUUGUCCCCCACCUCGGCCUGGUUUGGGGACAGCCCUCUGUCGGAGGGAAAUCCCAGCAUCCUCGCUGUCAGCCAACCAAUCUCCUCGCCUGAUAUCCUGUCCAAGCUCUACAAGCCACAGAGUCUGCUGGACAAGGCCAAGAUCAACCAAGGGUGGUUUGACUCCUCCCGAUCUCUGAUGGAACAAGAUGUGAAAGAGAACGAGGUGCUGCUGCUGAGAUUCAAAUACCACAGUUUCUUCGACCUUAACCCAAAGUACGACGCUAUCCGUGUGAAUCAGCUCUAUGAACAGGCGAAGUGGGCCAUCCUACUGGAGGAGAUAGAGUGCACUGAGGAGGAGAUGAUGAUGUUUGCAGCUCUGCAGUACCACAUCAAUAAGCUGUCCAUCAUGUCCUCGGUCAACCACAUGAACAACAGUGACAAGGAGGUGGACGAGGUGGACGCAGCGUUGUCUGACCUGGAGAUCACGCUGGAGGGGGGCAAGACUUCCAGCAUACUGGGUGAUAUCACUUCUAUUCCGGAACUUGCAGACUACGUUAAAAUUUUCAAGCCGAAGAAGCUAACCCUUAAAGGCUACAAACAGUACUGGUGCACGUUUAAAGACAUUACCAUCUCCUGCUACAAGAGCAAGGAGGAAGCUCACGGGACUCCAGCCUACCAGAUGAAUCUCAGAGGUUGUGAGGUGACUCCAGAUGUCAAUAUCUCUGGUCAGAAGUUCAACAUCAAGCUGCUGAUCCCUGUGGCUGACGGCAUGAACGAGAUCUGGCUGCGCUGUGACACUGAGAAGCAAUAUGCCAACUGGAUGGCGGCAUGCCGGCUGGCCUCCAAAGGCAAGACGAUGGCUGACAGUUCAUACAACCUGGAGGUGCAGAACAUCCUGUCCUUCCUCAAGAUGCAACACAUGAAUCCUGACCCCCAGCUCAUCGCUGAGCCCAUCAGCACCGACAUCAACCCCGAGUGCCUGGUCUCUCCACGCUAUCUCAAGAAGUACAAGAAUAAGCAGCCAGGCUAUAUAAGGGACUUGAUCACGGCUCGGAUCCUCGAAGCUCACCAGAACGUGGCCCAGAUGGGUCUGAUCGAAGCCAAGAUGAGAUUCAUCCAGGCCUGGCAGUCUCUGCCCGAGUUUGGAAUGACACACUUCCUUGCAAAGUUCCAGGGAGGGAAGAGGGAGGAGCUGAUCGGCAUCACCUACAACAGGCUGAUCCGCAUGGACGCCCACACUGGAGAUGCGAUCAAGACCUGGAGAUUCAGCAACAUGAAGCAGUGGAACGUCAACUGGGAGAUCAAAAUGGUGACAGUGGAGUUUGCAGAUGAGCCGAGCCUUGCUUUCAUCUGCACGGAGGUGGACUGCAAGGUUGUGCACGAGUUCAUUGGAGGAUACAUCUUCCUGUCGACGCGUGCCAAGGACCAGAAUGAGAGCCUUGACGAGGAGAUGUUCUACAAGCUGACCAGUGGCUGGGUUUGAUUUGGGAUGAAAGAGGCUGACGGGGGGGGGGGGGGGGGGGGGGGGGGUGCGCACCAAGAGAGAAAUCCAAUCUGGUCCUGCCAGACCAACAUAAAAUACUUCAUACUGUUUCAAUGCCCAGUCCAGGUGAACACUGUCCAUGAUGGGGGGGGGGGAUGCUUUAUAGCCCUCUCCACCUCUUCCCUUCUUUCAUCUUCUUGGGUAGCAGCAGCCCAUAACAGAUGACCUUUUGAACCUGCGGAUGAACCCUGCAGUUUGAAACAGCUCUAUAAACCCUGUCACACACCAGCGAAAAUACGUCCACAUAUCUCCCAGGGUCACCAUUCUUGGAGCAGUUACAGAGGGUUAGGAUUACCCAGGAUGCACCAGUCUCUCUCCUUAACAAUAAAUUACUACUUUUGUAUUCAAAAGUUGUUUGUUUUUUUUAAUUUUACACUUUGAAGCAUACUGCGUCUGCAAAGUUCGAUUACCUGUCUGUGAUGCUACGUGGUUAUAUUGUUCUUUUCACGUGUGUUUGUGUAAAAUUGGGCUGCUUUUGCAGGUUCGUUGUGCAGACUAAACUGUCUACCUUCUCAUAUAUCGCAGCAGCUGGUUAUAUAGUGUCAUUUUCUAACCAGGGCUGGCCAGAUGUUGCUUAGUUUGCGGUUCAUGAUCAUGAAUGUGAUGGAGUGUUUAACACCUUGCAUGUCUAGUAUGGGGGUCGGAUACAUGAAGGUUGUAUUAAUAUGAAGGAAAUAUUCCCCUGAUGGGGGAGUCUAACUGGGUUGGGCUCCAUACCCUGCUUUACAGGAAGUUGUCUCCCCCUGUUUGCAAAGCUAAGUUUUUUUUUUUUUUUUUUUAAUUACAAGAUGACCUGUGAACUGUAACAUACUGCUUUUUAUUAAGCUCAUACCGAACUUGUAGAAUUCAUUAGAAUUUGAUUUGUUUUGUUGUUUUGCAAUUAAAUAUAAUGCAUGCUACAAAAGCACUUCCAUCCUAAAAUUUGCCAAAAAACUGAAAUGGUUUGUGUGGGUCUUAAACAGAAACAUGAAAUGAAGUGUGUAUGAGGAGCAGUAUUUUAAUGAAGCCGGUGUAGUGUGCAGGUGUAAUGCUUGUUUCUUAUAUAACCCAGAUAGCGCCUGUGCUUGGGCUGUGUUUUUUUUUUUCUUUUGCAUAGUAUGGGUUUUGUUAGGUAUCAUGACCGUCGAAUUCAACAUGCAUCAUGGAUUACUUUGCCUAUCCUGAUUUUUUUUUUGGCCACACAGAGGUGCAGCCUUGGUGAGUUUGUCAUCAGAGUGUGUGACUCAUUUAUUUAUUUAUUUUUUUCUCCUUGAUCUGCAAUCUCUCCAUUUUCAAUGAAUGUGAAGUGCUGGGAACCAGAACAGCCUGUUUUAC